CGGGAAAGUGUUGCAAAGAUCGGGGGUUCCUCCGGCUUUCUGCGCAGGCAGCAUGGACCCCUUAGAAGUGGAGUUUCUGGCGGAGAAGCAGACUGUCACCAUCAUACCCAAUUUUAGCCUGGAUAAAAUCUAUUUAAUUACCGGGGAUUUGGGACCUUUCAAUCCAGGGCUUCCUGUUGAUGUGCCAGUGUGGCUUGCUAUUAAUCUAAAACAGAGACAAAAAUGCAGAAUCAUACCACCGGACUGGAUGGAUGUUGAAAAACUCGAGCAGAUCAGGGAACAGGAGCGUAAAGAAGAAACUUUCACCCCAAUGCCGAGCCCACAUUACAUGGAACUGACGAAGCUGCUGUUGAAUCACGCCUCAGACAACAUUCCCAAAGCCGACGAAAUCAGGACAUUAAUCAAGGAUACUUGGGAUACCCGGAUUGCAAAGCUCCGGUUGUCUGCGGAUAACUUUGUGAAUCAGCAGGAGGCGCACGCUAAGCUGGACAACCUCACUCUAAUGGAGAUUAACACAAUUGGAACUUUCCUCACAGAGUCACUGAACCAGAUGCACAGACUCUGUACCAACUUGCAGCCCGGGCAGAGGGAUCAGUCACAGGACUAUUAAGAUGCCUUCAUUUUGUGAGGUGCCCUACCGUGAAGGUGUGGAGAAUGGGGAAGUGGGCAGAGAAAGCACGUUACGCAAUUGCUCCUGUUUAAGGAAAUGCACCGAACGGGCUGCUCACCACAAGGUGUUCUCACUCCUUCUGUGUUAAUCCUUUGUUACUAACUCUUCCCUUAAGUAUUAUUUGCCUCAGUUGCUCCUGGAGUAUGUAAAGAAUUCCUAAAUUCCCUGUUGGAUUUAUCAUUGUGUCGACCUUUGGGUAGUUUAGUUCUUCCCUUCUUGUUUAUACUUUUCCUAUCACCCCCGAUGAUCUCCACUGUUUCUCCUCAGUAGUAUCUUGCCUGUGAAGAUCCUUGGGUUAAUUAUUCAGAUGUCCAGAUGCAGAGGGCCAGCCUGUUGCUUAGGAAUAGGAAAUAAGAGCUCUUUCGGGAAAACACCUUUCCAGGAGUGGUGUGGCCAAGUUUGUUGUACAUGCUUGGUAGUAUUGUGACCCGGGGUAUUACAAAGGACCCUCUGAUCUUGAACUGUUUGCAUAUGGGAACGGCUUCUCUCCCUUUAUCUGAUCUAAAUCCUUCAUGAUCGGCAAGGGUUUCAAAGGUUACGGGGAGGAGGCAGGAGAGUGGGUUUGAGAGGGAUAGUAAAUCAGCCACAGUGGAAUGGCAGAGCAGACUGGAUGGGCCGAAUAGUCUCAUUCUGCUAUGUCUUAUGUCCUUAUGAUUUCUUUCCAUAUCCACUGAAUUUCCUCUUUGCCAGUACCACUGCAGUAAGUCAUUGCUUAACCUGACAUACAACAUCUACCUCCUGCUUUCACCAGAACUGACAGCAAUACUCCGGUAGUGACCUAACCAGUGUCCUGCACAUCUUCUUGCAGUCUCCUCCUCCAUCAUUGAAGCGCGUAUUCCCAGAUACACUAGAACCAUUCUCUCAACGUGACCUGCCAUCUUUCUGCCAAGGUGCACUCGGGGCCUCGUCUUCAUGUUUGUCACGGUUUGGUGACUCCUCAUCGUCCUGCCACUGGCUUGGAGCGGACGCAAAGGUACAGGGCUGGAGCGGCGUUUCAGCUCAUAGCUCCCUGCAUAGGAUUAGUGCUCGAUGGGCUGAAGGGCCUGAUGCAGUGCUGUGUGACAGGUUUGGGUGGUGAAGAAAGAAAACUGGAAGCUUAACCUGGGGUUAGGACCGUAAGAGUAAACUUGCAAACCCAACGGAUGUGUCUGAUGGUCCAAAACAAUUUCAAUCUCCAUCAAAUUAGGGACAGUAAACUGAUGUCACUAGUAGAACCAUUGCCUGGUGGUGCCAGAGACCAGGUUCAGUCCCUACUCUCUACUUGGGUUUGCUGUCUGUGUGGAGUUUGCUAUGGGAGGGGUGUUGUGAAGAGAAUAGUCCUACAUUAUCUUCACUUUCCUUUGAUGUAAAGCAGGGAGACCCAUUUUUUAAUGCCAUGGACCCCAACCAUUAACUGAGGGGUCCGUGGACUCAAGGCUGGGAACCCCUGAUGUAAAGGUUGGUUGAUGGCUGGCACAGAAUUGGUGGCCUGUUUCUGUACUGAUGGCUUUGACUCUAAAACUUGUGCAUUGCUGCCCUUACUGUCUUGCUAUGUUUAAGUCUGACAAUUUCCAUAAUGAACCGGAUCCAGAAGGGCAGUUAUUAUUAACCCUUCAAACCAUUUUAAAUAAUACUGGGAGUCCCAGUCCAAUAAAGUGGUACGAUGUUUAUUCUUAUUUUGCUUCAUUGGUAAUCCAAUCUGUUUGUUCCCAGUUCUGUGGAAAUGCAGACGGAAUAGGUGUUAAUGAACCUAUUUUUAAAUGAAUAUUUUCCUUCUAUAAUUCCGAGAUGAGUUUGUUUACAAAUGCACCUCUUUUUUCUCUAUUUCCAAAAAAGUCGGCUGUUUAUACUGAGCACCGAUGGUGAGGAGGGAUUCUGAACUGAAAAACUGGAAAUACUCAGCAGGCCAGUCAGUGUCUGUGGCGGGAGUAAAUCAAUUUUUGGUUUACCCACAGAGGUGUUUGCUUCCCUUUUGCUGGAAUGAUGAAAGAGGGCAACAAAGAGUCACUCUUGCUGUGAAGUGGAAAGGCAAACCAGCAACUAUUUCCACUCUUACAUUUUUUCUAACGUUCAUUGCAUUAGGGAAUAAGCUUCCAAAAUAAUUCAUUGGCUGUAAAGUGUUUUGAGACAUUCUAAGGAUAUGAAAGACUCUGUGAAAUCUUCCUGUUUGCACUUCCCAGUGUUAAACAUUAAA